AUGACGUCUACAUCGACCCUGAAGAUGAAAAUCUACUUGGCACCUGUAGCCUACGUAGAAGGAAAAGUAUUAGAUUUCAAAACACCCAUAGCAUUCCGCAAACACUACGAGAAGCCAGAGAUAAAGGAUACACUAGCCGUCAUCUUCGUCGAUGCUCCCGCGAUCGGUCCAUCGAUAAAGCCAGCGGAUGGAAAUUUGGAGAAAGGCUUCAACUACGUUGCAUUCUACGGCCCAAUGAAUCAACUUCAUGCAUCUACGAAAUGGUCCCCUUCGGAGUUUGUUCCGCCCGUUCCUGAAUGGGAUUAUAUGCAUGUUCGUUUCUCCGACAAGAAACGUGAAUGGCUUCACGAGGAGGUUGUAGGGGACAAUUGUACGGGGGUCUAUUAUGUUGGGGAUGACGCUCCAACCAGAGAUCAAGUCAUAUAUGAGGACGAACAUUUGCAGAGCGACGUAUGCUUUAACCCAUGA